GUCGGUUUCUGGACUUCCGCCAUAUUCAAACAAACAGUCAGUUUCCUGCUGCUGAAGGUAGAGUUACUGUUAUUAUUGUUAUUUAACCGGUUCAGGAGCACCCAGCGAGUCUGUGAGCUUUCAAAUGGGUGAAGACAAAGCUCCUGGUUCCUCCUCAGAGAAACUGAAGAGACAACCGAGCUGUAGGACCGUGAAGAGGAGGAGUUCAUGUGAUGGAGAUGAAGAGGAGUCUCCUCUCAGGAACAGGAGCAGCAGUCUGAGACGGUCACUGAGAAGAGGAAGCUCCUUCACCUUCCUCACCCCAGGACCACAAUGGGACUUCAGUCUGAAACGGAAACGCAGAGAGAAGGAUGACAGCGACGCGGUCAGCCUCUGCAGUGUCGACUUUAAGGAACCCAGCACAAAGCGUGUCCGUCCUCUCGGCAGGGUGACGUCGCUAGCCAACCUCAUCUCACCGGUGAAGAAUGGGGCCGUCCGGCGCUUCGGCCAAACCAUCCAGGCCUCCUUCCGGGGCGAUGGCAAGUCGCCGGGCGUGCCCCAGAAGCCUUGCAGCAAGGCGGCGGCCCCCACACCGCCCAAAAGGAGGAACAGCACGCUGUGGUCGGAGACGCUAGAUGUCCACCAGAAGGGGACUUUCUCCACCAAGGAGAUCAAGCGGCAGGAGGCCAUAUUUGAGCUGUCUCGUGGAGAACAUGACCUGAUUGAGGACCUCCAGCUCGCACGCAAGGCGUACCACGACCCGAUGCUGAAGCUCUCCAUCAUGUCCGAGGAGGAGCUCACUCACAUCUUCGGCAACCUGGACGCCUACAUCCCUCUGCACGAGGACCUCCUGGUGCAGCUGUCCAAAGCCACGGGGCCAGACGGGACCGUGGGUCAGAUCGGACAGAUGUUCGUAAACUGGCUGCCAAGGCUCAACGCCUACAAGGACUACUGCAGCAACCAACUGGCGGCCAAAGCGCUGCUGGACCAGAAGAAGCAGGACCGGCGGGUGCAGGACUUUCUGCAGCGCUGCAUCGAGUCGCCCUUCAGCAGGAAGCUGGACCUGUGGAGCUUCCUGGACAUCCCGCGCUCCCGCCUGGUCAAGUACCCGCUGCUGCUUAAAGAGAUACUGAGACACACUCCGUCGGAGCACGCAGACGCCGCCAGCCUGGAGGAAGCGAUCACCAUCAUGCAGGGUGUGCUGUCUGACAUCAACAUGAAGAAGGGAGAGUCCGAGUGCCAGUACUACAUCGACAAGCUGGAGUAUCUGGACGACCGGCAGAGAGACCCUCUGAUCGAGCAGUGCAAGAGCCUGCUGUGUCACGGCGAGCUGCGCAACAAGAGCGGCACGAAGCUGCACGUGUUCCUGUUCACCGAGCUGCUGGUCCUGACCCGGCCCGUCACCAGGAACGAGCGCCAGUGUUUCCAGGUUUACCGGCAGCCGAUCCCGGUGCAGGAUCUGGUGUUGGAGGACCUGCAGGACGGAGACGUCAGAAUGGGCGGCUCCUUCCGAGGCGCUUUCAGCAACGCAGACAAAGCCAAGAACAUUUUCCGCGUUCGCUCCCAAGACCCGAGCCAGGCGCAGUCCCACACGCUGCAGGUCAACGACGUCUUCCACAAGCAGCAGUGGCUCAACUGCCUCCGCAGCGCCAUCUCCGUCCACCGGCCCCUCGGCGAGCCCUCCACGACGCCCUCCCCGCCCGGGAGCGACGUCCGCUCCAAGCGGCGCCCUUCCUCUGUCUCCGCCAUCGUCCACAUGGAGGAAGCGGACGAGAACUGCCCGCAGCCGGCCUCCUCCCAGUCCGCCCCCGCCUCGCCGUGCAGCAGCAGCAGCAGCAGCGCAACCCCCAGCCCCACCACGACGUCCCCUUCAUCGCGCUCCUCCUCCUCGUCUUUAUCGACGACGUCUUCGUCGUCGCCGCUCUCCUCGCACAAAACCAAAAAGGACAAGAAGUCUCUGUGUUCUUUAGGGAAGAGGAAAGAGACGAUGGUGUGAGCGGAGGUGGAAGGAGGAAAUGGACUCCUGGUGGACAUCUUGUUAUUUUUGUACAUAGAUGUUAAAAACGUGGCGACACGUGGGACUUGUAUUUAUGUGUGUCUGCGUGCGUGCGUAUUAUUACAACAGUGUUCUGUGUUACUGUCCUCUUCGGCAGCUAUUUACCCGACCCCUCCAUCCUCGUGCAUCCCACAGUAUUCUGGAGACGUGCACGGCUUCCGCCAGCUCGAAAAAGGGAAGCAGAAUAAUGAGAAGCAACCGCACACCUCACGCGUGAAUCCGUGUGUCGUGAUGUUGACUUCUUGAAGAUAGAGGUGGUGCGUUCGAUCCUGUUUACUCUUAAUUUGAUAUUUAAGCGUUAUUUUUAGACCUUUUUUUGGGGGGCUAAUGAAAGUUUUACAUUUUUAUAUUCUAAAAUGUAUUGUAGUAUUUUUGUAGGUAUCAUAAAGCAGCACUGUUUUUAGCUUUUAGGUUAAAGUUAUUUGAAAUUUUGAGCAUGUUUAAAAGGCGAGAAAUCCCCCCAAAAAGUUGUACUACACAAAGCUACAAAUUUCUCUGUAAAAGUCUGAUUUGUUUGGAUGAAUCAGACGACGCGUCUUAUUUUUAUACAUUCCUUUAAUGACAGAUGUUAGGACUUGGACACUAUUUUAUUUUUUCUGCAUUUUACUGCAGUCAGAGGCAUUAAUUUAAAUCCAGUGACAGAUGAGACUUCAGUCUCUCUCUCUGUUUGAACACUAUGAAGUGUAAGUGGCAGCGAAUCAUCUGAUGUCAGAGGAGAGAUGAGGAGUUUCGUUGUGAAACAAAAUUUUGAACUGAGCCAUGUUGGUUUUUGAAAAAGCUGACGGAUCACUUUUCAGUGCAGCAUCUUGCAUGGAGCUUUAGUUUGUGGACACUGCGUGCACCGGUAGAGGCAGCAGGAUGUAUUUAACCCCGUCCUACCUGAGGGACGGGGACAGUUAAACAUGUUAAAGACUGGUCGAUGGAAAUAAGAGAAAGUUGUUGAAGGAGAAAAGAGAGAAAAGAGAAAAGAUGGAUAAAGUGUGUUUUAUGGAAGUGAAGUAGAUCCUCAAUGCAAGACGUUAAACUCCAUUAACUUCAUGUAGAAGUUGAUGUGAUUAUCUUGCUCAGAGAUGGAUGAUAGAUGGUAAAAAUUAAGUGAGUAACUGAUGGAAAAGAGUAUGUAGGGGAAGGAAGACAAGAAAAGAAGGUUUGUGUAAGUGCAGAAGAAAAGAGAAGAAGAAGAAGAGAAGGGCAACCUGUUUGCUACGAACUGUAUGUAAUUAAAGAAUAAAGAUCUGUGUAAGAUUUGCAACUGAA